AAGAGAAAACAUACACAAAGAGAGGGAAAAAAAAUUUAUCAUAUUCUAUGGGUUGCAUCUCUUCCAAAUUGCUCUCCACCACCGACGAUUUCGAUAGGCGAAUCGCCGCCUCCGAUUGCCGAACCCACUUCGUCUCACUCACUUCGAGCACUUACGGAGUUCUCGAUCUCAAUCCGAAGCCGGAGGAAGAAGAGAAGGAGCAGGAGAAGAGGUCUCCUCACUUUGUUAUUCUCCCACAGUCGAAGAAGAAGCUUCCGAAGGAAGAAGCUCCGGAGAUCAUCAAUGCGUGGGAACUAAUGGAGGAUCUCGAAGACGAGACCCCUAUUUGGUCUCCGGUUAAAAGACCCGCUAAAUCAUAUCUUUCGGUCCAGAUUUGGUCUCCGGUGAACGCAAUGGCUUCGCCGAAGAAACACAAGAGGAGGAAGAUAAGGGGAAAAGAGAACAGCCCACAUCAGGCGAGUUCGAAAAGUUCCGAUUUUGAUUCGAAUCGGGUGUUACGACCGUUUAGUUCGUCGGCUAAUUCAAAAUGUGUUGUACCCAAUUCUGCAGUUGCGAAGAAGAGCACCCCAUUGAGUGCUAAGGUAAGCAAAUCGGGGACGGAUUCGGUUGUUUCUUCGUCGAGAAGAAGCUUAAGCCCUUUGUUCGAUCCGGAGCUUCUCGCUUCCAUCGAGAAAGAGCUCUUUGAAGAGAGAGAACAUAUUAAAAAGAUGGUAGCUUCUAAGCCCAGAAGCGGAAAGCACUUUUUAAGUUCCGACACAUUGCUUCGCACCUUCGAAGAGAAGUGCCCGCAGGGCGGCGAAAGCGCGGUGGUACUAUACACAACCACACUGAGGGGGAUACGAAAGACCUUCGAGGACUGCAACGCCGUCCGAUCAAUGAUCGAGGGCCACGAUGUGCAAAUCGUAGAGCGGGACAUCUCGAUGGACUCCGGGUAUAGAGAGGAGCUCAGGCUACUGAUGGAGAAAAGGGAAGUGAGAGUUCCUUUGCUGUUUGUGAAGGGGAGGUUAGUUGGAGGGAAAGAGGAGGUUUUGAAGCUAGAAGAGGAGGGCAAAUUGGGAAUUAUACUGCAAGGGAUGCCUAGGGCAAGAGUGUGGUGUGAGGCGUGUGGGGGGGUGAGGUUUGUGAUGUGUAUGGAUUGCAAUGGGAGUUGUAAGGUGUUGGAUGAGGAGGAGAAGAAGAUGGUGAAGUGUGGGGAGUGUAAUGAGAAUGGUUUGAUUCAUUGCCCCAUUUGUUCUUGAGAGCUACACUGAGGGGUUUGAAAUUAGUCCAAUUUAUGGGACAUAUCACUGUGAUCUUAAUUUUAUUCUUUCUUUUUUUGCUCAUUUUGGACUCAAUUUAGUGAUGGGGGUUGAUCUACUAUCUACCACACUUGUUAGUUUGUUUCUGUUGUAUGUACUUUAUCUACCCCUCAAGUUUGUUUCUGUUGUGUGUACUUUAUCAGUUUUGUUGUUGUUCAUUUAAUUAGUUCAACUUCUGGGACA